CAAUCACAGGUAAACUGCCUGUUCUUCAACAUCUCUCAACACACAAAUGAAAUUUGACAAGCCAUUUUGUUGGAGAUGCUGUCACUAGCCAGCUGACUUAAGUGAUCCAAUAUAGCUGUCAUCUAUAUUUAUUCGUACAACAGUGCAAAUUUUGAAUUUAAGUUAACAUAGUGCUUAAAGUUAAAAAAUCAAACUUGUAGUGCUGUUUAUUUGUGAAGAUUUUUAAUUCACACUCAUCAAUUCCAUUAAUAUAGAGUUACUUCUUGAAUUGUACGAAUAUGCCACCGGUUGAUAACACUCCAACUAUAAAUAUGAGAAAUUUUGAACUUUUAUAUUCUUUACAAGCCUACAACAGGAUUCCUGUUUCGGAAUAUGUAUCAAAAGAAACAGGAAUUACCGUAGUUAUAGCAGAAGUGGAAGGACCUAUUGUAAAUGGUUACUUUUGUUUAGCAACUGAAGCUUUCGAUGAUGAUGGCUUACCACAUACUUUGGAGCAUCUUAUAUUUUUGGGAAGUGAAGAUUACCCCUAUAAAGGUGUAUUAGAUUUAUUGGCAAAUAGAUGCUUGGCUUCUGGUACAAAUGCUUGGACUGAUACAGACCAUACUUGUUAUACUAUGGAAACAGCUGGGAGUGAAGGCUUUUUAUCAUUAUUGCCCAUAUAUUUAGAGCAUAUUUUAUAUCCUACUUUACAUGAUGAAGCGUUUGUUACUGAAGUCCACCAUAUCACCCCAGAAGGUACUAAUGCUGGUGUAGUGUAUUGUGAAAUGCAGGGCAGGGAAAAUUCUGCCGAGAGCCGAAUGUACUUGACUGUUGCUAGGAAUAUUUAUCCUGGAAAAUGUGGAUAUUCAUCAGAAACUGGAGGAAUUAUGAAAAAUUUAAGAGAAUCUACAAAUAAUGUGAAAGUAAAAAAUUUCCACAAGGAAUUUUAUCGCCCUGAAAAUUUAAAAAUUGUUAUAACUGGACAAGUAAAACCCAAUGAAGUGUUUAAAGCUCUGGAAAAAUUAGAAACUAAAAUUAUAUCUAAGGGACCAAGAGGACCUUUUCAACGACCAUGGCAGUCUCCAGUACCUCCAUUAACUGAACCAAAGGAUAUUGUAGUAAAAUAUCCUUCAGAUGAGGAGAAAAAUGGUUUAUUCUGUUUUGCUUGGAGAGGUGCUUCUUGUGUUACUUCUUUAUACAUUGUUCAAGCUACGCAAUUAUUAUUAAAAUAUUUGACUGAAUAUUCUGUGUCACCUCUACCAAAGCAGUUUGUCGAGAUUGAAGACCCGUAUGCCAGUAAGGUAUCGUACACUGUUAUGGAAAAUUCAGAAAUUUGUUUUUCUAUCCUGCUUGAGGACGUUCCUAUUGAAAAGUUGUCAGAGGUAGGGCCACAAUUGAAAGAAGCAUUGAAAAAUAUCAUAAAAAAUAAAAAUAUAGAUAUGGUUCAACUACAUAGUAUUAUCAACAAAUAUAAAUUGGAAAGUUUGAGCAGUUUGGAAAAUUCUCCACAUUACACCAUUGCAUUUAUGAUUCUUGGACAUAUGUUGUAUGGACACACCAAAGAAGAUUUAGAGCAACGUAUAAACCCUCUCACAGAUAUAUCAAAACUUUUAGAAGAACCUCAAUCUUUCUGGUUAGAUCUUUUGGAUAAAUAUCUUGUUAAAAACAGACAAUAUGUGUCUCUUCAAUGUCACCCUAGUAUAGAAGAACAACAAACAAUGUCAAAUAAAGAAAAAGAAAGAAUAGAACAACAGAUACAAACCCUUACGGAAACUGGUUUGAAGAUGAAGGGUGAAAUUUUGGCAAAAGCUAUUGAACAUAACGAAAGAGAACCUCCUCAAGAUAUGCUUACCUCUGUACCGAUUCCUAGUUUAAAUUCAAUUAAAUUUCACAAUAUUGAAAGGUUUAGUAGUGAUUCGAAGUCGUUUCAUAAGAUUGAUCUGAGUAAUACACCGGUUUUUACUUAUUUUGAUCAUCUGAAGACAAAUUUUGUUUAUAUUUUCGCCGCACUGGAUACUUCUAAAGUGCCUUCCGAUCUAAAAAUAUAUCUUCCCCUUCUUCUGGAAUCUAUCCUCGAAUUACCUCUAGAACGCGAUGGAUUAAUAAUUCCUUAUGAAACCGUCGUGGCCCAAUUAAACGACGAUACCGUUAACGCCGCUACAUCUCUAGGUCUCAGUAAAAGCGGAUUGUUCACGUGCGGAUGUUAUUCCACAACGGCAACGGUCGUUUUACAAGUCGAGGCGGCCAAAUACGAAAUCGGUCUGAGAUGGUUAAGGGAAAUUCUAUACAAAACUAUAUUUACAGUUGAUAGAUUGAAAGUAAUCGCCAAUAAGAUAAAUAAUUCUGUGGCGCAGUAUAAACGUAAAGGUAGAAGCAUGGUUUCGUAUAUAAUGAGAGGUUUAUGUUUUUCAGAAGAUAGCAAUUAUUUGAAAAAUGGUGUGCUGCAGCAAAAUAAAUUUUUGGAUUAUGUUCUUUCCAAACUGGAUGGUGAUUCCUCUAAAGAGAUUUUAGAAAAUUUGGAAAAAGUGAGAAGUAUUAUAACAGAUCCAUCGAAUAUGGUAUUGUACUUAGCUGGAAACUUGGAACUUUUGAAAAAUCCAACACUACCACUUAAUAAUUUUUUUCCUUCAGAUCUUAACGUUAUACAGAAACAACAAAAAUUAUUUGUUACACCAGACAGUAAAUUAUUAAAAGAGAUCGAUGAUCCCAAACAGGGUUGUAUUGUAGGAAUGGGGUGUUUAGAAUCGUCAUUUUUUCUACAGUCAACUAACAGCAUAUCAUCUUAUGAUAAUCCAGAUUUACCAGCUCUGAUGUUAUACUUGCAAUAUUUAACCCAAUGUGAGGGUCCUCUGUGGAAGCAAAUCCGUGGCAAAGGUUUUGCUUACGGUUAUUCGAUGAUGAUUAAAGUAACCGAAGGUUUAUUGCAUUUAGUAUUUUACAGAGCCACUAACGUAGUGGCUGCUUAUAAGGAAACCAAAGAGAUAGUUUCCAAACAGCUAUCGAAUAAACAAUGGGAUGAAUCUUUAUUAGAUUCCGCCAAAAGUUCGAUUAUUUUCGAAAUUAUCGACAAAGAAAAGACCACCGGCGACGUUGUGGAUUUAUCUUUCACUACUUAUUUUAAUAAAGUCGAUUAUAAAUACAAUAGGACUCUUUUGGAAACAAUAAAUAAAGUAACGCCCGAAGACUUGAAUAGAGUAGGGGAUAAAUAUGUCGCUUCUUUGUUUGAUCCGAAACAAGUCAAGACUGCCAUAGUUACAGAUCCAACGAAACUAGAUGAAAUUUCUGAUGGGUUUAAGAAAUUGGAUUUCGAUUUGAAAUGUUAUGCUUCGCUGGAAGAAAGUUUUUUAAAUAAAAUUUAAAAUCUACGCGUACAAUCGAUAUAUGAUAUUCUUAGUAUAUAUUUACAUUUAUGCAAAAGGCUUUAAAGUAUAUUUUAUUAAAAAUAACGAUUUAUGUAUAAUA